AUGCCCAAGGACGGUGAUAAUGUCCCGGUCCGAGCCGAACCAAGCUCAUUAGACCUUUUGAACACAGUGUCAGUGAAAGUUCCAGCUUUUUGGUCAGAUUCCGCGGAAGCCUGGUUUGUUCAAGUGGAAGCCCAGUUUGCGCUCAAGGGAGUAACCACCAGCCUCACGAAGUUUUAUUAUUGCGUCUCGUCCUUCAAUCAAGAGACCGCCAACCAAGUUUUGGAUCUGAUAAAGUCUCCGCCGUCUUCUGAACCUUACAAAGCCUUGAAGAUACGGUUGCUGAGACUCUUUGCCCUAGAUGAUUUUCAACGUUAUGAAGCAAUCUCUAGCUUACCACUGUCUGGAGACAUGAAGCCCUCCAAGCUGAUGUCAAGUAUGUUAGCCCUGUUACCAGUUGGUCAUAAACCAUGUUUUUUUCUCCGGGGAGCUUUUCUCAAGAGGUUACCUGCAGACGUACGCGCUCAUCUACUCAGGGAUGAUUUCUCUGAUCCUAUCACUCUCGCCCUGAAAGCCGACGAAAUUUACCAGAGCAGAGUGGCCUCUAACCCUGUUUAUGCUGUUUCCAGUUCCCCAGAGGAUUCAGUCAACGAAUAA